AUGUCCGACGAGAACACUCCUUCCUCUCCACCACCAAACCGAACCCGACGCUCGUCCUUUGCUGGCGAGACGUUCGCCAAUUUGUUUGGCGGACAGCGUGGCUCCAUGUCUCGUUCCACGAGCGUGAACGAGGGCAAUAGCGGCAGUGGACAACAGCAAGGCCAGUCAUACCAAGGACCCAUCACCAGCGCUGCUGCUCAAGCCCAACGACGCCGCCUCUCCUUGACUACGCUCGGCCUGUCCGGCUCUCCCAACCAGAGCUCACCGUUCGGCUCGUACAACGCUCGGCGCGACAGCUACGGCACGGCUGGCAGCAACGACAGCAUCGACGAAUCCGCCAUCGAAGACGAACCUGCGUCUGGCCCAACACCACAGACACCCUUCGGUCGACGAAUGAGCUUCGGGGCAAAGGCAUUGAGGGAUGUGAGGACGAAUGGAGGAGGCAACACACCUCCAGGACAGCAGAGCGGUACUAAUGGUACAUCUGCACCUUCUUCCAACGGCACCACCACUUCUCAGAAACAGCCCAACGGGACAAUCUCUGCCCGAGAUGCCAAGGGUCGAGGUACUGCUGAAGGAUUUAACUGGUCUGACAACUUCCGUACUCGCGCCGAGCGUACCUCCAUCGCAGGCGGCGGUGGUCUCUCCAGCUCUCCACGUUCCGCCCAUGGCCGCGCGCAGAGUGUCGCCAUUAUGGAGCCUCCAGCUCGUGAGAUGCCAAAGCCUAAGGAGCAAGUUCGGCCUGAUCACUUCCAGGAGAGAAUCCUAAAGGGCGAUUUCUACAUGGACUAG